AUGGCGUCGGUGUUGGCUCUGGGCUUGCUGUACGAUCUUGACUGCGAAAAUUGGGACAAGCUGCCGCAAGGAUUCCCGCACAGGCCCACGAGCGGACAGCUGGCCGAAUGGUGGACCUGCGGCUCGUACAGCGACGUGAACGCAACUGUAUCAGGACGUGUCUGUGCUGACGGCGACGACCGAGGUGCCGCGCCCGGGGGCCGCUGCGAGACACAGCGCGCGCGCUGCGGCGAGGCCUGGGAGGCCUGGCUCUGCAGCGCGGCGGCGCCGGGCGGCGUGGCCUCAGACGCCGGCCUGCAGUUCGCCCUGCUGGUGGCGAUGUGCCUGCUCCGCAGGGCGUGCGUCGCCCCCGCGGAGUCGCAGGGGGGCGCAGACGCCCGGGGCGGCGGGGCCGCCGGCGCUCCUCUCGUGCCCGCCGACGCGGAGGGGGCGAGCGCGAGCACCGUGAGCAGCUGGGCGUCUCGGGCGGCCCGGCACCUGGGCGCGGCCUCGCUGCCCGGCCUCGUGUGGGGGUGCUCCACGUGCCUGCUCUGGCUGUCCAUGACGGCGCUGGCGCUCUUCCAGUCGCAGACGAAUGUCAUCAGUCUGGGCUACCUGGUGCUGAUCAUACUGGACGUCUUCGCUUCCCAGCGGGCAGCAACGCAGGAUCAGCCUAUUCGGAGGCGUAUACGGGUGAUCAGGUUCAUCCGGUACUUCAACUUGACCAUCUUCGCAGCUUGGACGCUGUUCCAAAGUCCUCUGGUGCCCUGUCCGAAAGCUCUCCUUCUCCAUCAUGGCGACUCGGGGGAGUUCACCUCCUUUACGUCUCCACUGCAGUGCUUCGUCCUGGAGACUUGCUCGUCCCGUGGGGUCCUGUCGGAAGAGUGCCAGGAGGUCAGGAAGCGCGUGGACUGGAAUGCGGGAGGGAAGUCGUUCAGCCCUGAAGGAGAAUUCACCAUGUCAACGAUUCUCAGCAUCUUCCUUCAGGUGAUGGGUUUUCACAAGAGGAUGUCCGUGGCAGGCGUCGACCAGUUCGGCCUACUCAACCUCCUCGUUUUCGUGUUCGGCACGAUUCAGGCAGUGAUCUGCUCCACGUACGGGAGCGAUCUCGAGCAGGAGAUUGAGGCAGGAAGGCGUGUUCUCGAGAGGCACGCUGAGGAGUACGUCGCCUACACCCACAAGCUGCGCAGCCUCGAGGUGUCCCGGGUCGACACGAAGCACCGGAUCUUGCGCUCGAAGCUCCAGGACCUGGUGUCGCACCUCAACGAGCUGCACGGCCUGAGGAUGGGCCGGGCGGAGCUGUCGGAGUGGGAGCAGGGCGAGCGCGAGAGGCAGCGGGAGCGCAGGGUCCACGUGCUGGACUUGUGCCUGCAGAGCGGCGGCGGCUAUCAGGACGCGGCGGCCCGGCGGGGACGACUGCGGCCACGGGACGAUAAGGCUUCGCAG